UGCGCUCUGUCCUCCCCGCCGGCAGGUGCCCCCAGACCCCCGGCUCCGCCGCCGCCGCCGCCGCCGUCACAGCCUCGUCCUGUCCCCCCUCGCCGCGCCGCUUCCUGUGGCCUCCAUCUGGGCCGCCACGGGGCCCCCCAGGCAUCUCCGUGCGCUCCGCCAGGAUGGCAUCCGCUCUGUGUCUGCAGGUGCUUUGCAGCCUGUGUGGCUGGCUCUCGCUCUAUACUUCUCUCUGCCGGCUGAAUAAGCGCCGAAGCUAUGAGUGGAGCUGCCGGCUGGUUACGUUCACCCACGGAGUCCUCUCUAUAGGCCUCUCAGCUUAUAUUGGCUUCAUUGAUGGCCCUUGGCCUUUUACCCACCCAGGCGCACCCAAUACACCUCUCCAAGUUCACGUUCUCUGUCUGACCUUGGGCUACUUUAUCUUCGACUUGGGCUGGUGCAUCUACUUCCAGUCUGAGGGUGCCCUGAUGCUGGCCCAUCACACGCUGAGCAUCCUGGGAAUCAUCAUGGCCCUGGUCCUCGGGGAGUCAGGCACAGAGGUCAACGCCGUCCUCUUCGGCAGCGAGAUCACCAACCCCUUGCUCCAGAUACGCUGGUUUCUCCGUGAAACUGGCCGCUACCACAGCUUCACUGGCGAUGUGGUGGACUUCCUCUUCGUGGCUCUGUUCACCGGCGUGAGGAUCGGUGUAGGAGCUCGCCUCCUUUUCUGUGAAAUGGUCUCACCCACUCCCAGGUGGUUUGUGAAGGCUGGGGGAGUGGCCAUGUAUGCAGUGUCGUGGUGUUUCAUGGUCAGCAUCUGGCGCUUCGCGUGGAAGAAAAGCAUCAAGAAAUACCAUGCCUGGAGGAGCAGGUGGAGUGAGGAACGGCAGCGCAAACUCAACGGGCAUCUCAAGGCACACUAGCCCAGGCUCGCUGAGAUGACCGACGGACUGGGCCGAGCCAGCCGAGGGAACCCGGUCGGAAGUACGGCUGCAUUAUAACAAACCUAGGUUUCAAAAAAGGGCUAACUUUAUUGAUCAGUUUGGUCAGUCUUCAAGACAAGCAUAGGCCAGUAUUAUACUGAGUUCUGCAGUGGCACAGCUGUAGAGUAAGAACACGCUGGUUAGUUGGGAAUGGGUCAGAACAGGGCGGUGAGUACUACUGGCAUUCCUUUUAGUUUAUGGUGACCCUGGGUCCCCUUGCCCCUGGAAGGCCUAGUGAUGUUCAGAUGGCUUAGAAAGAACUCGGAAAAAUUAGUGCUGUGUCUUGUUCCUUUGCGAAGUAACUCCUUUGACACUUAUUUUGCCUUCCCUGUAGCAAUGGAUGUAGGUUUGCUCCAUUUACUAUAAGUGGAAGGGCUCUGAGGAGCAGACAUGCCUUUAGUAUUCUUAGCACUGGAUAGGGGUUGGAUCUGCUUAAGCCAAUGGGGCUCACAGGACGGGAGUGAAACCGGCAGUGAUGGGAGAUUACUUAAGGAACCUUCUUGUCCUCACUGUUGGAGGUUCCCAAGGCCACGCCUUGGUCUGAUUCACUAGGAGGACUCAAGGGGGCAAAGAAUAUAUAGCCUUACUCACAACUUUGAUUUAUUAUAGUGGCAGGAUACAAAGGAAAAGUCAGCAAAGGGACGAGGCGCUGGGGGCAAAGGCCAGGGGACCCCAGGCCCAAGUUUGCACAGUCCUUUCCCAGUUGGAUCACACAGGGGAUGCUGAAUUCCUCUAGCCAUGAUUUGCAACAAAAUAUGUGAAGUGCUGUCCACUAGGGAAGGUCAGUGCAGACAAAGCUCAGGGUUGGCACCGGAGGCGGGUCAUCUAGGCAGCCUCCACCUGGCACGUUAGAAAACUUAAAGACUCCCAAGAGGAAAGGAGACAUUCAGCAUAAGCCAUAUUUUCAUUGAAGUGAGGCACAGCAAGCCAGUCUUAUCCAUUCCUGGUGGGAGCCCUCCCAAAAGCAGGUUCCCAGAUGCCAGCCAAGGGCCAGCCUUGCAGCAAGCCUUUCCAAGGAUAGCAGUUCAGACCUGCCACUAACUCUUUUCUGCGCAGAAAGCAUGGGGUUAGGGCUUUGGUUGCAAGAUGAAUUAAGUGUGGGUAGAUGGUUUACCAAGUCCUGUUGUAUGGGCUCUGCCUACCAGGAAAACGACGCCAGUUCUCAGGGCUUUUGUGCAUUAAUCUCCUAGGCAUGAGCGCCUAUGACUAAAUUCCAUCGGGAUUUGCCAUGCGGAUUCCACUGUGUUUAGGAUGGUAGUUCAGGUUUCAGCACUGCUGUACUGACUGCAGAUGAGAACCAAAACCUGAAAGUGUGUGCUGGCCUCAGGGUGAUGAUGCUCAUCCCCGCCUGCCCCCACCAUCCCCGGCUUUUUUGUUUGUUUGUUUGUUUCUUCAUUUAAUAUACAUUCCCUUUAAAUAUUCUCAUUGCCUUUUCUUCUUUCUUCUAAGAAGGUGUCACGUUCUGGACAGCCUAAUCUGACCAGGCCAGUUUUAGAAGAGGGAAAAAAAAAAAAAAAAUACCAGGGCAGUGGUCUCCAAUCUCACAUCGAUAAGCAAGAAUAUAAGCUUAACACAGGGGGUUAAGGAGAAGGACUUUCUGAAUUCUUUUAAUUAACGUUGCUACUCACGUGCCAGAUCUCUAGGCAGGCCACUGUUUACUGCUGUGAAUGGAUGACGCUGCAUCGGUGGGGAUCUGUAAUGCAGAGCUUUCAGGAGAAAAAGGGAAGUCCUGUUUGUGUAUUUGUUAUUUAUUUAUUAUUUAUACCAGGCCAUUUAGAGGGGUUUAGCUUAGUUGGGGAGCAAGCCAAUGGUGCUGUUUAGUCAAGGCUGACAGGAGGAAGUCUCAGUCCAUCCUGUGGUCACUGGGGGUACGACCCCAACGAGUGGUCAUGAAAACGGAUGUGCUUGGUCACAGAAACCAGACAGAGUGGCUAGAGCUGUGGAAAGCCCUCCCUGCUAAGAAGAAAGCAACUUUAAAGGCAGGCUAACAGUGGCUUUCUAAAAUGACUCAUUGGUUAGAGGGUUUUGGUGGGUACUGAAGUGAGCCGACACCACCUCCCUCUCUCUCCCUCUCGUAUUUAUUUAUUUAUUUAUUUUCACUCUGAUCAAUAGCUCUUAAAAUGCUUGUGCAGCUUCCGUGCCACAAAACUGUGGUCAAAGUAGGGUUGCUGGGGAAUGCUGAUUUUAGCAAAAGCCUAGUAGAAAAGAGUGGCUUGGCUCAUAAACUUUCUUACAAAAAAAAAAAAAAAAGAAAAAGAAAAAGAAAAAGCUGGCUCUUGAAUGUUGGCACAGUGCAACCUGUUCCAUACCAGACAAAUGAAUAGGCUUGAUCUGGUACCGUUUCUUUUAUCCCUUGCCCCUCCGAAGUGAAAGCACUGCAGAUCUCAGUCUCGGGCACUCUGGUGAGGAUGUGUGGAGGGUUUUUUAUUUUGUUCUUUAAUAAUUGAUAAAGGGAAAGGAAUCCUUCCUUCAGCUUUUUUUUUUUUUAAGAUUUAUUUAUUUAUUUGAAAGAGUUUCACAGAGAGAGGAGAGGCAGAGAGAGAGAUCGAUCUUCCAUCUGCUGGUUCACUCCCCAAUUGGCUGCAAUGACUGGAGCUGCGCCAAUCCGAAGCCAGGAGCCAGGAGCUUCUUUUGGGUCUCCCACACAGGUGUAAGGGCCCCAGGACUUGGGCCAUCUUCUACUGCCUUCCCAGGCAGAGAGUUGGAUUGGAAGUGGAGCAGCCGGGUCUCGAACCGGCACCCAUAUGGGAUGCCAGCACUGCAGGUGGUGGCUUUACCCUCCUCCCCCCCCCCCACCUUAGCUUUUCUUGAUGUUGUAACUUAGUAACUAAGAAGCAGAUUCCCUGAGAGAAAAUGUGAAGAGGACUCAGCAGUUAACAUGCCGAGUUUUUACACCACAGGUGAAUGAAGGGCUAAUUAACACGUGGUUGACCAAAUAAAGUACUUGUUUGCAUUUGGAUUACUAUGUAAUAAUUACUAACAGUGCUCAAGAAGGAUUUUAUAUUUUA